CAAACUUUAUUAAAAAGUAAAGAAAAAACUUUGGGAAAAGGAAGAGAAAGAAAAAGAAUUUUCAACCGCAAUAAGCUUAACAAACAAAGAUAUAAAUAUUAAAACUUAAGUUGAAACUCUUUGCAACCAUCGUAUAUAUAUAUAUAUAUAUACGAAAUCUAUAUCGGACGGUGAUAAACUUUUCAAGUUUUAUUUAAUAAUAACGCUUAUGCUACCAGCCACCGUACCAAUGUAACAAAUGUAUCGGCGAAUUCUCAUUUUGUAGCUAAUAAAGUGCAUUGUAACUACUCAGGCAUCUUAUAAUUGAAAUACACAUGUGUACAUGUAUGCGUGUAUGUGUGUGUGUGUGUGUGUAUGUGUGUAGGUGUGUGACAAAACCUUAUCAAACUUUAUGGGCGCCUCUGAUAAAAUAUAAGAACUUCAUGUACUCUCUUCAUCGAGAUUGAUUAACUAAUACCAAGAUAGUUAGUAAUACUAAGUGAAAUACUUCACAUUUGAAAAUGGCUAGAGAUCGAUUGCCCGAAUUAAUGCAGUUUUCAUUUAAGCGCUCAAAUACUUGGUUAUCUCCAAAUGGUUCUCUUACAUUGGAGCAAGAAGAGAAAAUGCUGCAAAAUUCCAGUAAUGUCGAUGCCAUAUUGAAUCCGUACUCGGAAAUACGUACGCAUUUAGCGCAAAUAAGCACAAAUCUGGAAUCAAUGAAUCGUAUGGUGCAAACGACAAAUAUAAGAAGCUAUAACGAAAAUGAAAUGGAACAUUUCCGUAGACAAAAUCUUCGUCUUGGUAAUCAAUUAAUGAGUAAGUUUCAAGAAUUUAAAGCAAAUCUACCGCCGGAAGAUGAUUACAGUCUGGAGGCGCGUAUGAAACGUACCUUAUUCUAUGGACUCUAUCAAAGCUACAUAAAUAUGUGGACACGCAAUGAAGAAUUCCUGCAAUACUAUGAACAGAAACUUAAAAAAAAUCUUCAAAUGCAAUCCCGAAUAAUCAAUUGCAAUGCGACAGAAGAAGAAAUAGAAGAACUAAUAUCAAAUAAGACAACCAACUUAUUUGUGGGGAAUAUACUGGAAGAAACAGAAAAGGAGCGUAAAACCUUAAGAGAUCUUAUGGAUCGUUUCAAUGAGUUGAAAAAGUUGGAAAAAUCCAUAGAAGAAGUACACGUUUUAUUCUUAAAGAUACAAACCUUAGUAUUGGAUCAGAGUUCGGUUGUUUUGCCAGCUCUGCGCCAAAUUGCGGCGCUAUUGCUAUCUCGUACCGGAGAUAUCCAAUUUGUUCCAAAAAUAGCUAUCGUUAGGUGGCGUUAAGGAAACCAAGUGCGAACAAGUGUGGCGACCGUCUUGAAUCUUCGGUCGGAAUACUGAUUUGAAUAGUAAAAUCAUUGAGGUGAAAAUUAACGCCAUGUCCAUCUUCCUUGAUGUGAUUUCGAAUUCAAUUCGGGGGAAACUUGUCGCACGCGAAACUCCUAUUCGACUGCAAUUUUCAAGUCAAAGUCAUCCUCAUUCAAUGAAAGUUUUAAAGCGACCGAGGUCUUCAAUGCAUAUUCCGGAUGGAAUUCCAAAUCUUCGAAAUCUUUCGAAAGGAGUAGAAACAAUAAAAAGGGAAUAUUUCUAAGAUACCUAUUGAAGGCUAAAAUUUCUUAUAGAAGGACUAACUGAUAAUUGCUUAAAUAAAUCAGUCAGCAACAGACGAUGCUAUGAAAAUACAAAAACGCUCUACUUGUGCUGACAUCAAGAAAAUGUAAUCUCCUCGAAGCCGAAGUACUAUUAGUGCCGAUCAUUUUUAGCAACAAUUUUUUGAUUGAUUUAAAUAGUACGGCCUAGAAAACAUGGUAAAGUAAUUACAAAAAACGAAUAGAUCUAAAUUGGAAUGCGUUAAACCGUGUCUUACUUACUUAUAGCGAUUGCACGCGUACUUUCUAAAUAAAACUUUAAACCUUAUUAUAUAACCGAAAAUUGGUUCUCUAAAAUGUUUGGGUCAUGAGUAAAUAAGUUCUAACAGACAUUUACGAUGACUUCAUUUUAUUAUAAAAUCCGCAUUUUGUAACUUUAAGGCUUUUGCAAUACCGAUCGUAUGAACGAGGAAAAUUAUUAACAAAAUUAAUUCGUACU